AUGGAGCGACCAUCCUAAUAAAAGGCAGACUCUAAAAAAGAUGACGGUGGGCUUUUGUAUCACCAACUAAGAAAGCUUAUUAGCAUUGUGGAUGAACUAAGAGAUGUUGGCCUCCAACAGUACAUCAAUCUUCCCAGAAUCGCAGUGUUGGGAACACAAAGUUCCGGAAAAUCUUCUGUGCUCGAAUCCAUUGUUGGUUUAGAUUUCCUUCCCAGAGGAGAUGGAGUCGUCACAAGAAGACCUUUAGAGCUUAGAUUGAACCAUUAACUUGAUGAUGUAAAGCCAUGGGCAGUAUUUGAAGAGAUACCAGGCAAAAAAUUCUUUGAUUUCUAAGAAGUUAGAAAGAAUAUUGAGAUCCUGACUGACAAAGUCGCCGGUGCAAAGAAGGGUAUUGUCGACAAGCCAAUUAUCCUUAACAUCUUUUCUCACACCUGCCCAGAUUUGACCCUUAUCGAUCUUCCAGGUAUAACCAGAAUUCCGCUUGCAGGGUCUGAUCAACCAAACAAUAUUGAAUAAAUCACAAGAUCCAUGGCAAACAGAUACGUAUCAGAUCCAAGAACAAUUAUUCUUUGCGUUAUCCCAGCUAAUGCAGAUAUGACAACCUCCGAUGGUCUUCAAAUGGCCAGAGAAUUAGAUCCAAAAGGUCUUAGAACUUUGGGAGUUAUUACCAAGAUUGAUAUCAUGGACAAAGGAACCAACGCUAAAAGAAUGCUUUCAGGUUAGGAUGUCCCUCUCAGAUUAGGAUAUGUUGGAGUAAAGAACAGAUCCCAGCAAGAUAUUAUCGAUAACAUGAGUGUAAGAGAUGCCAUCGAGAGAGAAAAGCUUUAUUUCGCAACUCACCCAGUUUACUCAACUAUGCCAUAAAAUAUGCUUGGAACUGAUCUUCUAUCAUCUAAGCUUUCUAAAGUUAUGUUCACUCAUAUCAAGCACAAUCUCCCAGAAAUUACUAAGGAAAUUAGGGAAAAGGCAAAAGAAAUCGAAGAGAGACUUAGAGAUCUCGGUCCACCACUUCCAGCAGAAGGAAAUGAAAAAAUGCAUUUACUCUGGAAUAUGAUUACCGACUUCGUUACUAUCUACAAGAACACUAUUACCGGUAAAUUUGAUUCAAAGAGAUACGCAAGUUAGAACCCAGCCGGCAAGAAGGAACUCUCUGGAGGAGCUAAAAUUAAGCUACAUUUCUACGGAUUGUACAAGCAAUAUGUUGGUUUUAAUGCAACUAGUGAGUACACUGAUAUGGAUAUUGAGAAGGCUAUCAUGCUCCAUGAAGGUGACACCAUUCCAGGUUUCCCAUCUGUCGAUGUUUUCAUCUAUUUAAUCCAGCCACAACUCGAGAAGCUCAGAGAACCUGCUCUUGACCUUUUAUAAGAUGUUUAUCACAUGCUUGAAAAUAUGGCACAAGGCAUUGUUGACAGAAUCUUCUCCAGAUUCCCAUCUAUGAUCCCAGAAGUUAUGGAUAUUAUCACCACUGUAUUGUAAGACGAGAGAGAAAAAUGUAGAGGAAUCGUUGAAUCUAUCAUCGACAGUGAGUAAAACUAUUUAUUCACAAAUGAUUACGAUUAUCUCUAAAAUAGGACAGACAUUGUUCCUUAACAAGAGCAAUAGCAACCAUAAUAAAAUACUUAGAGCAGUAAUGGUGGCCAAAGUGUUGGAGGCUAAAUUGUUGGUGCAUUCAAAGGUAACUAAAAUGCUAGUCAAAGCAAGGGAAGCAAUUUAUUCGUUAAAGAAAUCAGAGCUAGGAUUGAUGCUUACUUCAAGAUUGUAGUAAGAAAUGUUAGAGAUAGCAUUCCAAAAGCUAUCGGCUACUUCUUGGUCAAAUCUUCUUAGGAGAGACUAUAAUUCGAGCUAUACGCCUAGAUUAACAAAAACGAAGUACUUAUUAAACAACUCGGAGAGCCAGAGAGAGUUGCAGAGGAGAGAAAAUCACUUAACGGAACACUAGAUACAUUGAAAAAAGCUAUCAAGGUUCUCCAAAGAGAUCCAGACAUUACAAAUACAGCAUUUGGGGAAGAUGAACUUGAAGAGCAAUUGAGAAUUGAAUCAAUGAGUAAGAGAAGAGAAGGAGAAAGAAGACCUCCUCCUAACAAUAACAGCGGUAAUGAUGGAGGCCAAGGAAACUGGUAACAAAUGGAUUCUAACAGAAACCCUCCUCCACAAAUGAACAACAACAACAACAGACCUCCUAGCAACAUGGGUGGACAAGGUGGACCAGGUGGACAAGGUAAUAUCCCACCAGGUGGACAGCCUUAGAACAGACCACCCGGACAGAUGCCUCCAGGAGGAAUGCCACCAUAAAACAGACCACCACCUCAAGGGAUGCCACAACAAAAUCAAAAUAAUUUAGGUAAUCUCUUUGGCGAAGACCCACUUAAAGGUGGACCUCAGAGAAGAUAGUGA